AUGGGCCAGCGAUUCAGCCAGUUCUUCCCGCCCGCCCCUUCCUUCACCGAGACCGACCUCCCCAACCUCAGCGGAAAAGUCUACAUCGUAACUGGCGCUUCCGCAGGAAUAGGCAAAGAGCUCUCGCGCCUCCUUUACACCCACCACGCCACCGUCUACAUCGCCGCGCGAUCAGCCGAAAAAGCGCACGCAGCGAUAUCCUACAUCAAAGAAGCAUGUCCCGAUUCCAAAGGCACACUGCACUACCUGCAUCUCGACCUCGACGACCUCUCCGGCAUCAAAGCCUCCGCCGAGUCAUUCCUAGCAAAGGAAUCACGCUUGGAUGUUCUGUUCAACAACGCAGGCGUCAUGGUCCCCCCGGUUGGCAGCACAACAAAACAAGGUUACGAGCUGCAACUCGGCACGAAUUGCGUCGCGCCCUUCCUCUUCACCAAGCUGCUCACGCCAAUCUUGCUGGAAACCGCGAAGAAAGAAGCAAAAGGUAGCGUUCGGGUGAUUUGGGCGCUCAACCCGGGGAACCUUAAAACGGAGCUCGGACGCAACAUGAAUGCUGUGCAUCAUUUCUUCGCCAAUUUCAUGUUGUACCCGACGGUUAAUGGCGCGUAUACGGAAUUGUUUGCUGGCCUCGCACCUGAGGCUGCGAAGCUCAAGACGGGUGAGUGGAUUAUGCCGUUUGGAAGGGUUGGGACGCUGAGGAAGGACUAUUGGUCCGAGACGGGGAAGAAAACGGCGAGUGCGUUUUGGGAGUGGAGUGAGAAGCAGGUGGAGCAGUAUGCUUGA